GCCCCGGCUCCCAGGAGGCGCAGGGUGAGGGCAGAUCUGGUCUGGGGCGAGCCCGGUCACACUCGCCCCCUCCCAUCGCCCGCAGCUCAGAGCUGCCAAGUUUCCAUUUUCCACCUUCUCCACCUCCCGCUGCCUAGCCCACCACCCUCCUGCUGAGAGAGGGCUGCCCGCUUCUGGUUCUGCCGGCUCGGAUCGCUAGAAACACCGAGAGGUGGCUUAAAAAAAAUUCCUGUUUCAGGGGAGGGGGUGUGGCGGGCAAGGAUGAGAAACUCCGUUCCUCUGCUCUGUUUCUGGAGCGUCUUUUGUUGCUUUGCCGCGGGAAACCCCGCACCCCUUGGUGCAGAGGGACGGCUGGAAGAUGAGCUCGACAAAUCCAGGGAUCUUCGGCCUUCAGCCAAACCCUCGGUGAGGUUUAGCCUCCGCACUACUAAGGACCCAGAGCAUGAAGGAUGCUACUUCUCCCUCGGCCACAGCCAGCAGUUAGAAGACUGCAGUUUCAACAUGACAGCCAAAACUUUUUUCAUCAUUCACGGAUGGACGGUGAGCUGGGGGAGGGAGCGCUGCAGCUUUUUGAUAUUCGGUUCCCUUUGUUUUGGUCAAUUAAAAAGAAUACUGGUGCUUCCAGAUUCCAAACCCUCUUCCCCCCUCUCCUUGUGGGCUGCUUGUAUUUCAGACAGCUGUGAAGAAUGUAAUGGGCAUUCGCUGAGGGGGCAAUGUGAUUUCCUGCAGGAGAAGGAUGAUUUUUCCCUGGAGAAUGUUCACUUGAUCGGCUAUAGCCUUGGGGCGCAUGUGGCUGGGUACGCUGGCAACUUCGUGAAAGGAACCGUGGGCAGAAUCACAGGUUUGGAUCCUGCUGGGCCCAUGUUUGAAGGGGUGGACAUUCAUAAGAGGCUGUCCCCCGAUGAUGCAGACUUUGUGGACGUCCUCCACACCUACACACGUUCCUUUGGCUUGAGCAUUGGGAUUCAGAUGCCUGUGGGCCACAUCGACAUCUACCCCAAUGGGGGUGACUUCCAGCCGGGCUGUGGACUCAACGAUGUCUUGGGAUCAAUUGCAUAUGGAACAAUCACAGAGGUGAUGAAAUGUGAGCAUGAGCGGGCCGUACACCUCUUCGUGGACUCCCUGGUGAAUCAGGACAAGCCCAGCUUUGCCUUCCAGUGCACAGACUCCAACCGCUUCAAAAAGGGCAUCUGUCUCAGCUGCCGGAAGAACCGCUGUAAUAGCAUUGGCUACAAUGCCAAGAAAAUGAGGAACAAGAGGAACAGCAAGAUGUACCUAAAAACUCGGGCAGGCAUGCCUUUCAGAGUUUACCAUUAUCAGAUGAAAAUCCACGUCUUCAGUUACAAGAAUAUGGGAGAAAUUGAGCCCACCUUUUAUGUUACCCUUUAUGGCACUAAUGCAGACUCCCAGAUUCUGCCUCUGGAAAUGGUGGAGCGGAUAGGGCUGAAUGCCACCAACACCUUCCUGGUCUACACUGAGGAGGACUUGGGAGAUCUCUUGAAGAUCAAACUCACCUGGGAGGGAGCAGCUCAAUCUUGGUACAACCUGUGGAAGGAGCUUCGCAGCUACCUGUCUCAACCCCGCAACCCGAUGAGGGAGCUGAAUAUCAGGCGCAUCCGGGUGAAGUCUGGGGAAACCCAGCGCAAAUUGACGUUUUGUGUAGAAGACCCUGAGAACACCAGCAUAUCCGCUGGCCAAGAGCUCUGGUUUCACAAGUGUCGGGAUGGCUGGAGGAUGAAAAAUGAAACCAGUCCCACUGUGGAGCUUCUUUGAGGACCCCCUUGCUGCCCAAGUUCAUGGAGGAAAGUUACUGCUGAGGACCCACCCACCCGAUGGAAGGACCCCUCUCAGCCUUGACCCUGGAGCACCAGGAACGACUUGUCUCCUGUGACGGCUGGGACUUCUGGCUGGAGGGGACUGCACUGCCCAUGUCGCUCCUGCUGCUUCUCUAGAAUAGCUCUAACUCCACACCUCCGGCAAUGCUUCUGGGCGCCAUGUCCACGCGGCUGGGUGCCCAGGACUUUUGGCACUGCACCUUGAGCUGGCUUCUCAGUUGCUGGGUGAUCCUAUGCUUUGCCUGACAAGAAACCCUGGCUCUGAAGUGACUCAGUGUGGAAGGCUGUCAGCUGUGUGGCCUGACUUGAGCCUUAGUGAGAGGUCUUUCCAAGGGGAGCUGGCUCAUGUAGGCCUCUCACCUGGUUCACACGGAGAGGGGACAGUAGCCCUGGGCUGGUGCGAGGCUGUCACUGUUGGGGUUCUUGUGGGGCUGCAUUGAUGUUCCAUCUUGUUCCUCAAAUCAUUCUCUGAAGCACACAUCACUGGCUUUCUUGUUUUUCCAUUGUUCAUUAUUUGAUUAUUUAUUGGCAUUUAAGAUUAAUUAGCAUGUGGCAGUUGAUUUGUUACUCAACCUCUCCAUUUCUAGAACCCUUCCCAUUUGGAUGGCUGUGACCGUUUGGAGAAAGGCACAAGGGUGAGAGUCAGGGACCACAAGGCCGUACAGGGUUUCUACCUAUUUCAUCUUAGUUAAAUUACACGGUUUCCCCUAAGAGUGACAUGUGUGCUCACUAGCAGAAAGAGCAAGCAGAGUAUCAGACCUGUUGGGGCCAAGAGGGGCAGUUGCCAGAUAUGACUGCUUCGGAGCAAAAUCUCGUAUGUUUAGGGAGAUAAGAGGUAUUCCACAUGAAAUCCAUAGGGUUUAUAUAGAAAUCAGCACCUGCCAACCAGAGCUGGCUCUAAGAUUUAAUACAGUGCUUUUUUCUUUUUGAAAUAUCUUUUUGUAAUACCAGUGCCCUUUCUAUGUUGAACUUCUUGAAAAAGCCUCCAGUGCUAAGUCUUUUUUUUUUAAAUUUCAAAAUACUGAAUAAGGGGGUACAAGUAGUUUUUUUUACGUGGAUAUCUCAUGUAAGGCUUCAGUCAAGGCUUUUGGUGUACCCAUCACCAGAAUAGCAUUCUUUGUACCCCAGAGGCAAGUUCUUAUCCCACAUCCACACUCCCACUCUGCUCCUUAGAUCUCAUGUUUAGGUCAGCCUUGGAAUGGAUAUGCCUGGCAUCUGAGCAACACUUUCACACUUUCAAAAGAUUAGCGUGUGCAUCACCUAAUUAGAGUGAGGUGAGUAAGCAGCUGUUAUUAUCCCUAAUUUGCAAAAUUGAGGUUUAGGGAAGUUCAACCACAGGCCUAGAAUUACAUACCACGUUGGUGGUGCAGCCAAACCAAAAGGCCCAGAUUUCCUGGAGGCAAAGUCCUUGUGCAAUCAUCCCCGAAAUCUCAUGGAGAUGUCUAUAGCCGUUUCCCACUGAUAUGCUCCAGGCAGAAGGCAAAUAAGAACUUUUUUUUCCAACCCAUAAAAUCCUAAACCCUUUUAUUAAUAUAUAACCAGGAUAAUACCUGUGCCAAGGCGUUGGGCUUUUUAUGGGUGAGAUUUGGGGGGAGGUGUGAUAUCAGGUGGGGGAGAAGGGGUGAUUUUCUUUGUACUUAGGUUCUUCAAGGACAUUGGUUUAAUCUGUAUGUGCCAAAGUUGAAUCACUGUUUAAAGCCAAACUUCUGAAGACAAAGUUAAGGUAUGUUCUCCAUCCCAUGUGUGCUUCUGUUACUCCUUUCAUGCUUUCUAACCAAAGUGAAGCUUGUAGGGUUGAGUAUCCCUUAUCCAGAAGUGUUUCAGAUUUUGAAUUUUGUUCAGCUCUUGGAAUCUUUGCAUAUACACAAUGAGAUAUUUGGGGGGGGUGGAACCCCAGUCUAAAUUCAAAAUUUCAUUUCUGUUUGCUGUAUACCUUAGACACGUAGCCUGAAGGUAAUUUUAUACAAUAUUUUAAAUAAUGUUGUGCAUAAAACAGAGUUUGUGUUAAGCACUUAUAUGUGGAACAUUCCACUGUGGCAUCAUGUCGGUGCUCAGAAAGUUUUGGAUUUGGAGCAUUUUGGAUUAGGGAUGCUCAGCCUGUGUGACUGGCCAUGCAUCCUGGUGACUUUUGACUUCUGUUUUUACUGAUGGAAGUUUUGGGAACUGAAUCCUCACUGUGUUGUAUAUUUAUGCAUUUGGCUUGAAGCCUUAAUUGUAUAUAAUGAUGCUUUUUUAAAAAUGCUGCUUAGAAUACUAUUUAUUUCUCAAAUGUAUAUAAUGUAUAAAAACAAAUAUAUGGUUAGUUUUUACUGUAAGAUUAACCAAUUUCAAGAUUAAAAAUUUUUAAUAGUAAAACAAUAAAACACUA